UACAAUAGUCAGCUGUUUAGCAUUGCAAAAGUUUGGAAUCAAAUCCAUCUUAUUUUUAUAAUAUUGUUCUGAGCUUCUAAAUCAAUGAAAGUUUAUUUUAAUUGUGUCUAGACUGUUAUAAUUCGUAAACGAUGUCCAAAAUUUUAAUGAGAUAUUCUCAUUUACAAAAAAGAUGGAUUAAAACAUGGUUUUAAUGACUUUUAACGCUGCUCUGAAAGAAGGCAUUUUAAUAAAUUUGCUAGAGCUUAUUGAUAAUUGAAGUUUCUGCAAUCCACAAUAAUGCGUUUUUGGACCGUUGAUUUGUAUUCAAUCGGAAUCAAUGAACUUGGAACUGGAGUUGCUAUCGUGUUGGAUCAUUUAAUGGAUUAUUGGCAAGACUGUGGCCUUAAGCUGGAUCCUGCAUUGUUUGAAAUCAAUCUACCUUUUUAUAUGGAAUCAGAAAGAUGGUGGCAAAAGGAAGAUUUUAAUCAGAAAAAAGUUUCAGAUCGUCAAACGUACCUGGCUUGCCUUUCGGAAAAAGAAUUAAAAUUGAUUGAAUGGAUGAAAAACAAAGUGAACCCGAGCCUGUCCAAUAUUAAUGACGACGACAAUUCAAUGGCUAAAACUAAGGCUAGACAAAUUCAUCUGCGUUCCUCUGGUAUCAACUCUAUACCUGGCGAUAAAAUCUGCAGCAAUUUAACAAACAAUCUUCUAAUUACUAGAAUAGCCUUUCAAAAUUAUAUCAUUCCUAAAAUGAGCUGUUUCAUAUAUUCAGAUGUUCAAAUUGGUCUCAAUAUUUUCAUGGAUUCACUGGUAAACUCAAAGGAUAUUAUUGGAGAAUCCGGAAAAUUCUUAAUUAUCAUUGAUCCACCGUGGGAAAAUAAAUCGGUUAAACGGAAAAGAAACUAUAAUAGUCAAGGCCCAGAUGAAAUUUUGCAAGCUUUCGCAUUAUUAGAAAAAAUUUGUAAACUUCUAAAUGAUCGAAAACUCGAUGUUCGUGUGGCUUUAUGGACAACUCAAAAAUACAAACAAUUUUGUCUCGAUCAUUUAUUACCCGCUAUGAAUAUGAAACUUGAAAUGUGUCUCCUUUGGCAUAAAAUCACUAAAUCAUGGGAAAGCAGUAAAAUUCGUGGUGGACGUGAAUAUUUAUUAAUCGGAUCUCAAAAAGGCAGACAAAAUGUACUUGAUGGAGUCUUAAUUUCAAUACCAAGUGCCAUUCAUUCUCAUAAGCCUCCAAUUGAUUUUAAUUUUCCUUGGUUACAAGAUGAAUCUACAAAUCAAUUUUUUCAGCAAACUAAUGAAACCAAAAUACUUACAGAGUCACUUCGUCAUGAUGUAUUACCAAGAUUGAAAGGUAUAGAGCUUUAUGCUCGCUAUUUGAGGCCAAAUUUUCUAUCCAUCGGCCAUGAGUGUAUAAAACUACAAUGUAGUGAUAUUUUUAGCCAUUAAUUGCCAAAAUCGCCUUUUUAACAAAAGCUUUUAAAGAAAACGAAAUUUCAAAUUCUACAAGAAUUGUAUAUAUUUUCACAAAAAGAUUUUUAAAUGGUUUAACUUUUA